AUGGUAGGCCCUGACUUUGUCAAGAUGGCUGCUGAUUAUGGACCUUUGGCGGCGUAUACUGGCCUAAAGUGUCGGCAUCAGAUCCAGUACCCCCUUUUUUCAGCCCUUUUGAAGAUGAUACACACUUGGGCGAGCUCGAAUCCCUGGGACGGCUGCUCUCUAGGCGGGUUUAGCGGCACAUCAUAA